CCCGCCGGCUCCUGCCCAGCUGCCUCCAGCCUCGCCGGUUCCUGCCCAGCUGCCUCCAGUCCCGCCGGCUCCUGCCCAGCUGCCUCCAGUUCCGCCUGCUCCAGUCCAGUUGCCUCUCCAGCCGGCUCUCCUAAAACCCCCUGCCUUGUGUCUCCUGCAGGAUCAUCCAUGGGUCAUCCCUCCCGACCCUCCCUGGUGGUCCUUCCCACUACUUGGGACAGAUUCACCGGCCCCACCCUGGCUUCCUGCUGGGGUGCCUGACCCACUGCCUGACCCUGAUCUGGCCCUCCCAUCCCUCCCUUUGUUCCUGCUCCGCUCCGCCCCCCCUCUUGGAACCAGUCUGGGAGCGUCUGGAAGCCGCUCUUUAGAGGGGGGGUAAUGUCACAUCCGUCUGUGACCACCUGAGGGCGCUGUAGCGCUCUAGGACUUGUAGGCGCUACAGUGCCCCAGGGAAAAAACUACAUUCUCAUACAUCCCACGCGCAUACACCGGAACACUUACACUGACCCGUCAUCUCAUCUGUUUUGUGUUACCGUUGAUUAUCUGGACUAUAUAUUCUACCAUUCCACCUAUGUUUGUCAUCGCGUCGUUGUCUACCUUGUCUGUCUUGAUCCCAGUCGUGCAUGAUGUGGGAGUACAGCUGGAUCUUGGUGUUUGCUAAUCCAACAGUGGCGCUCAAAUAGAAGCCAGACAUUUCCCAGUCGAAUCCUCCUUCCCCCUUCUCGAAUUUACUUACCCUUUCACCUCACAACUUCUUCAGUCUGCUACUGUCAGGGAGCCUCCAGGCCCGGACCAACAGACUGAAGGACAGCUUUAUUCAUCAGGCUGUCAGGAAGCUCAACUCUCUCCCGGCUCUCCCACCACUCCCUUCUCCCUCCCCACGCACCUUUGAACUCUGACACAGAUGUGAGUCAAUUCAUCAUCAGAAAAAGUGUCAGUGGUCACUAAGGAGGCGGCGUUCCCAUUUCGGUCCAAUUGGGAAUAUCCUAACGUCUGGAUUCCUAUUAAAAGAACCUACUUUAGAGACCAGGCUCCUGCUUUGGCGGACAAAGUCCAUCCAACCCAAACGAUGCCAGAGACUCUUAAUCAUCAACACUUCUCAAAGAUGUUGAGGCCCUGCUUCGCCUCAGGACAAUUGAGACACUGCGCUGCAAUCAAAGGCAGCAGACGCUUAUUGAUGCUGGAGGAGGAAGCAUGCGGUAGCCUUUGGAAGAUCGACUCUUUCCUGAAAGACAGCAGAAGUUUUAAACGACUCAAAGGAGUUUCUUCAGUGCAUCUGACUCUGGUGUCUCCUACUGAAGGAUCUAGCUUGGUUUUACACUGUGACCGAGGAUCUGCGGUUCCUCAAGAUCUAGAUCCUUCUUCAACAUCCUAGAAGCUUUCACACUUCAUUUGAGAACACUGAGGAAUCACCUUUAAAAAGCCCAAAGAAAGAAAUCGGAUACCAUCCACAUGCCUACCACCAUGACAAACACCACCGCUGACCAAAAGGCCUCCUGCCCUUUGAUGGUCAAACCUCAGCGUCGCCGCCUGGUCAGCAAAGACGGCCGGAGCCAGACAAGAGGAAACACAAGAGGAGGCUCCAGAGAGACGUGUUUCAGUGCUCUGCGGGACUUGUGGGGCACAUGGCUGGCGCUACGGUGGCGGUGGGUGGUUUUGGCUUUUUGUGGCUCAUUCCUGCUUCACUGGCUGCUGUUUGCUGUAUUAUGGUACCUGCUGGCUCGGGUCAAUGGAGACCUGGAUGUCCUGGAUCAUGAUUCUCCUCCUCCCGGUCAUGUGCUGUGUGUUAAACAUGUGAAUGGGUUCACAGCCGCCUUCUCGUUCGCCCUGGAGACGCAACUCACUAUUGGGUAUGGCACAAUGUACCCAAACGCAGACUGCCCCACUGCCAUCGCGCUGCUUGCCCUGCAGAUGCUUCUGGGACUCAUGCUGGAGGCCUUCAUCACUGGUGCAUUUGUAGCCAAGUUCUCUCGGCCUCAGAAGCGAUGUGACGGGAUCCUAUUCAGCCCUCAGGCUGUGGUGUGUGAGCAGAAAGGCCAGCGCUGUCUAAUGUUUCGAGUGUGUAACCUCCAGCCACAGCCGCUAGUGGACGUAUCCGUGAGUGCUGUCCUCUACGAGGAGCGAGACGAUCACGAACUCCACCAAACUGCUCUGGAGUUCAGCAUCGACAACCUGGGCUCCAGAUCUUGCCCUCUUUUCCUCUCCCCUCUGACCUUCUUUCACCCUUUAAAUCCAUCCACUCCUUUCAUCAACAACCCAAGCAGUCAAACACACUUUGAGCUUGUAGUGUUUCUCACUGCGACUCAGGAAAGCACAGGGUCUGGUUACCACAAGAGGACGUCUUACCUGCCUGACGAGAUCCAAUAUGGCUACUGCUUCUCCAAGGUGACGUCUGUACACCAGAACAAAACCCCAAACAUGCGCUAUUUUGACACGGUGCCCUGUCCCCUCACACUAGCCAACACACACACCACUGAUACACCGGAUAAAGAGCAUGUGGUGGUUCAGCUGAAUGGAGAAGGCAGCGACCGCGUGGAGUAGAAGAAGUGCUGUGUAUUAAUGCAAGGGUGUAUGAAUUCUCCAUUCAUAAAAAGGGCAUUUCAUUUCACAACACGACCUCCAGUGAAUGACUUAUUUAUCCCAGAAGACAAGCUUAGCUAGCUAUCAUCUGACAUGUCCGUUUGCCCUGUUAGGUACACUUCAAAAUGCUGCUAUGAAUGCAUUGAUUCAUGCGUUCAUCUUGUAGUACUGCUGAACACGCACCAUGACAGAUGUUCAAGAUUGUCUUCAUCUGCGAUAAGUGGAAUGUACAAUGUUUUAUUGUAUGAAUCUUCACCCUGAUUCCACUCACAACUCAAGACCCCAGACCAAACAUCAUGUUUGAGCCCUUACUUACUGCGUUAACUAAAUUAUUGAAGCGCUUUAUGGAGAGAUUACCUCUUCAUCCAUAAAGACAUUUUUAUCAAAAUGAAUUAAUAUUACUUUUAACGGGAUUAGUUACUUUAAAAAGUGGGUAAACCCAUUGUAACUUAGAAGUAUGUUGACGUAAAUUAAUUUUUAAAAUUAUCCACAGUUCAUUUACUUAAUUUUAAGGCAACGUUCUUAUUUUCUUAAGCAAGUCAAGGAGUUUACUCACUUUUUAAAGUCAACUAAUCGCUUUUUACAGUGUAGAAAUGAAGCGUAAACUUACUUUAAUGAUGUUUUUUUUUUUUCUAUACUACAAGUGUAUGGUCAUUAUUAAAGACCACAUACACACUAAUGAUAAAUUUAUUUGUUGGUUCACGUUUUAGUACCUAAUCCUGUCCUGUUCACAUUGUUUAGCAGUUUACAGGAGUGACGACCACAUCCAACAACCAGAAAAAUGCUAAAUGCAGAUACUGUUAACGUUCACUGAGGCUACACUUUGUACUUUUUAGGUGCUUAUAUGGACUCUUUAGGUUUAAACGUGAACAAUUCGAAAAGUUACAAUCCUAGUAACAACUUUGUACCUUUAUUUUAACAAGAGUGUUUGCAGAGCUAGAUAUCACAGGGAAAGUGAUUCACGCCUUGACCAAUUUGUGUUGCCAGAUCUUGAUAGAAAAAGCAUUAUAAACUGCAAAUAAAUGUAUAUACUUUUUAUUUAAAAUAUUACACAUUACUCCCAUCUGCCCACCUUAUUUUCUACAGUAAUGGAUACUUCCGGAUAUAUACAGUCAAGCCUGAAAUUAUCCCUACCCCUGGCAAAUUCUGACUUAAAGUUUUUUUUUUCAUUCAUUUAUUUUCUUUAGGCUUAGUCCCUUAUAUAUCAGGGUUCAUCAUAGUGGAAUGAACUGAUAACUAUUCCAGAAUGUGUUUUACGCAACGGAUGGCCUUCCAACUGCAAACCAUUACAAGGAAACACCCAUACACCACCACAUUCACACACACUACGGCCAAUUUAGUUCAUCCAAUUCACCUAUAGUGCAUGUCUUUAGACUGUGGGGCAACCAGAGCACCCAGAGGAAACCCACGCCAACAUUGUAGAACAUGUAAACUCUACACAGAAAUAUUUCCUGGUCCAACCUGGACUCAAACUAGCAAAUUCUUGCUGUAAGGUGACAGUGCUAACCACUGAGCCACAAUGUCACCCCUAGUUUUCGUUCAAAUGUAAAUAAUAACUUUCUUCUACAUCUUCUUAUUAUCUUUGAGAGAAGCCUGUGUCAUUUCCAAUAAAAAAAUAUAUAUAAUUCUGGUUGAAUAGAAGUAACUUUAAGUCAGAAUUUGCCAUGGUUAAGAAUAAUUUCAGCUUGACUGAUUUAUUUCAAUGAUGUUUUAGAGCAGGGGUGUCCAAACUUGGUCCUGGAGAGCUUGUGUCCUGCAUAGUUCAGCUCCAACUUACUUCAACACACCUCCCAAGAAAAAGCUUAAUUAGCUGCUUCAAGUGUGUUUAACCGGUGUUGGAAUUCAAAUAUGCAGGACACCGGCACACAGGACCGAGUUUUGACACCACUGUUUUAGAGAUUUACCCACCAGUAAUUGAUUAAAUUUGCUUUCAUUUUUAUGUUUUAUGAUGUUUUAAAGCCAAGUCUAAAUGUGUAUCGACCUGGUUGACCCUUUGUGGAUAGGUUAUCAUUAAUAGACAAAAAGUUGGUGGCACGGUAGCUCAGUGGUUAGCACAUUUGCCUCACAGUAAGAAGAUCGCUGGUUCGAGUCCUGGCUAGACCAGUUGGCAUUUCUGUGUGGAGUUUGCAUGUUCUCCCCG